CCGCGGUGAGACGGAUUGUCAGCCAGUCUCCGGCCCGGCCGUCCGCCGCCCACCUCCCGAACCCCGCAGACACCCUCUCCUCCCCCGCCAUGCUGCGACUCGUCGUUCUGUUCGGCGUGCUGGCCACCGUGCUGUCCGAGCCCGAACCCGGCUACCUCCGCUACGGAGGCUACAGGGGCUACGGCCUCGGCUACGGGCUCGGCUACCGGUCGUACGGCUACGGCGGGCUCCGCCACAGGCGCUCGGCCGACCCUGAACCCGGCUACCUCCGCUACGGCGGCUACAGGGGCUACGGCCUCGGCUACGGGCUCGGCUACCGGUCGUACGGCUACGGCGGGCUCCGCCACAGGCGCUCGGCCGACCCUGAGCCCGGCUAUCUGCGCUACGGCGGCUACAGGGGCUACGGCCUCGGCUACGGGCUCGGGCUCGGCUACCGGUCGUACGGCUACGGCGGACUCCGCCACAGGCGCUCGGCCGACCCUGAGCCCGGCUACCUGCGUUACGGUGGCUACAGGGGCUACGGCGGCAUCGGCUACCGCCGGUACGGAGGCUACGGAUACGGUGGUUUCCGGCACCGGCGCUCCGCGGACCCUGAGCCCGGCCACCGCCGCUACAGAGGCUACGGGGGCUACGGAGGAUACCGCGGAUACCGCGGCUACGGAGGAUACCGCCGCGGCUACGGCGGCUACGGCUACCACUAGACUGGCCGCAGACAAACCCCCAGGGACCGGGGACUGCGUGCGCCCGGUCCGCGGCGGCUCGUGCGGCGCCCAGGGGGCCCGGCGCGACUAGUGUCACGCGCCGGGCCUCAGUCGGCGCCGAGACGCCGCCGAGACCAGUCCGGCGCACAUUCACCCGACGGCGAUCGCCGUCCAAACCGCGUAAAUACACUGUCCGAUCUACAGGA